UUACAAUGAACAUUUGGUGGAUUUGAAUCAGAAGCCACAUUCCUCUCCCACCCCACCUCGUCUCCCUCGGUUCUUCACAGCCUCUUCCUUUUACCCUCAAGUGUAGUUUCGAUAUGGAGGGAACGGACACUAAAAAUAUUUCUGGAAUGACGUGACCCUCUACCUCCCCAUCCAGGAAAGCGACAAGGCUGCACCAGACGCAGCACAUGCUUUCCGUUCAUUUCUGGCAGACCCGGCGUCGACCUCCAGAUGCAGCUUCUUCGCUGGCUGAUGGCAUUCAGACCCCCAGCCACAGACGGUGCCAGACAAGCAACUGGACAGGACCGCUCAGCAGCAGGACCCUGGCCACAAUCGCGGCCAGAGCCGCAGCCCCCUGGCUACGGACCACUUCUGCUGCCCGUCUUGGGAGCCCUCCCACUGCAGUCUGGCUUGCCGAGGCCCCACCACAGGGGCUGAAGCACUGGGCGGUGGUGGCAGCUGUAGCAGUGGUACCUACAGCUUUGGGGCCAGCCCCAAAGGCACGUGGGAACCUGUUUCAGGCCACUCUGCGGCCCCUCCAGGACCAGAGUGGGACCCAGGACAGCCCCAGAGCUCACCACUGUCUCUUCUUGUCACUGAAACCCGGGCAAGGGCUCAGAAUGGAAGGCGGUACUUCCGACAUGAACCCUCAGACCAGACUGACGCCUGCGGAGGACCAGUUGAGCCAAGCUCAAGACAACCCGGAGCCCAGGCAGCAGCUGCCGCUGCUUUCUGAGCCUUCAGACUCUGCCCAGCCUGAAGCCAAGUAUGUGGAGAUGUGCGCUUCAGCCGAAGUCCAAAGGGAGAGCCCCCAGACCACGCAACUACUUCUGGAACACUGCCCUAAAGAGCAGGCCUCCGGGAGCCCAAAGACAAAAGCCCAGGAUGAACCCAGCAGCGGUGCCAGGGAGGUUCCAAGCCCUAGGAAGAGUCCUGCUUCUUCCCAAGGCCCCAGCUCCCGGACUGGUGAGAAUGACUUCUCAUCUUCCUCCUCCUCCUCCCCGGUAAACAGAGCAGAAGACGAUGGCCUUUCCAAAACGGAUGAUCCCACCAAGUUACUGGGGGUCCUGGCCACCUCCUCUUCAUCUUUAGGCUUUGAGAGUGAGCCGGAAAUGAGCUGCCAACAACACAAUGGAGAAGCAGGGGAAGGGGUGGGAGCGAGGGAGGAUAGAGGAGGAGGGGUCAGGGAUGGAACAGAGUGCAAGGACAUCAUUACCAAGUCGCAGGGCAAGAGGGACCCCCUGAAGAGUGAGGACCCACACUACAUCACCACCCAUGAGAUCCAGCUGAGUGAGGUAGAGCAGGGCAUGGAUUUCGACGUGGGGCUGGCUUCUCGCUGGGAUUUCGAGGACAACAACGUGAUCUACUCGUUCGUGGACUAUGCUUCCUUUGGCGGUAGUGAUGAGACCCCAGGAGACAUCACCACCGAAGAAGAGGAUGACAACAGCUGUUACACCAGCACCACGCCGAGCUCCAACACCACUCGGACUCCCAGCCCCAUCAGCAGUGACCUGGCUCGCCCUAGUGCAGGCAGCAGUGGUCGGGACACCAGCAGCACAGAAGUGGGCAGCGGCCCCUCUGACAGCGACACCGUUUCCCCACCCACUGGACCUGGCACUGUCACUACACCUGAGCCUUUACUGGAGCUCCGGGAGGCAGCCUCGGGGGCAUCGGCCACUGCAGCAAGCAGCUGUAGGAGUGCAGCAAGCCAGAUCCUCCUAUCAAUCAAGCCAACUUCCCGGGCUAUAAAUGAGCCUAGCAACGUGCGUGCAAAGCAAAACAUUAUUUACGCUGCCAAGCAUGAAGGCGACAUGAGCCUCCGCGUCUCUACGACUGCUGAACACAAUUCAAGUUCACAGAAGCAAAAUUCGGCUGCAGCCGUGGCUCAGGACCAUGCAAAGAAAUUCAUUGCAGUCCCAGCUCGACUGCAAACCAGGUGCGGGGCCAUUCGGGCCAAGGAGCUGGUGGAUUACUCCAGCGGAGCCUCCAGUGCAGUGAGCGAGCUGGACGAUGCAGACAAAGAGGUGAGAAACCUGACUUCCAGGGCCUUCCGGAGCCUCGCUUACCCCUACUUUGAGGCUCUCAACAUCAGCUCCCGAGAAUCCUCCGCCACGCUCUCUGAAGUGGGCUUUGGACGAUGGUCAACUUUCCUGGACUUAAAAUGUGGAGGUGUCGGAGCCAGGGUGGAACAGAGCCUGCUCAGAAGCAGUGCCGCCUCUGUGGCUGCAGGUCUGAGGAAGGGUGGUGGCCCCCGAGCGACUGCAGACCAGAUCUACCUUCAGGCCAAGAAGUCCCAGACUAAAGCCUUGGAGUUUGUGGUCAGCAAAGUUGAGGGAGAAAUCAAGCAUGUGGAGACACCCCUGUGCUUCCAGAAACAGGUCCAAACCGGCUCCCGGGUUGUCACACUUCUGGAGCCCCUCAAUCUACGAAGUGAGAGCAAAGCCAGCUCAGCCACUGGGCCCUGCAGAACCAGCAAAGGCUCCAACAAAGGCCCAGGGUCGGUGUGCACAGAUGAUGGGUCAGAGACAUCUGAGGGUAGCAAGCCUGCCUCUCGCAGUGACGGCCCCCAGAAGAAGUCCAAAUUUGCUUCAAGUCUGCUCAAAAAUGUCAUUUCCAAGAAGAUGCAGCGAGAACAUGAGUUCAAGAUGGAGAGAGGAGAAGUCACCGAUACAUCGCGCCGGAACAGUACCUCCAAGGAGACAGAAGUGACCAACACGUUGCGCCGCAGCGCCCCCAGCACCUCUAAGGAGACAGAAGGAACUCCUGGGGCCGAGAAGCCCUGGGAGAGGGGUCUGCAGAGGCAGAGCUCGCGUCAUUCCGAGGCGAGUUCCGAGUACACGGUGGUCAGCGUGUCUGAUGUAGGUGGAGAAGGGUCUGUCGUAGGUUCUAAGUCCCCUGUUUUCAAAGCCAGUACUCCUCGAGAGAGCAACGCUGGCCCCAGCCGGAAUGAUGGACACACAGAAGUGUGUGAAAUUAAAAAGAGUGCUUCAGAGACUGUGAAGGGCAUCUUUCUCCGGAGUCAGAACAGCGCCUUCCGGACAUGGAAGGAGAAAGAGGCAGAGAAGUUGGAGGAGAAAGCCCCCAUUGGGAAGCUGAAGCUCCCCAAAGGUGGGGACUGGAAGGCUGAUCUUGGGGAGAUCUCCGCCAGCAAGUCUACCAUCAUGUCUCGCCUCUUUGUGCCCAACAUCCAGCAGACGCCCAAGGACAAACAGCCAGAGAAGCAGGCCACCAAGUAUCCUGCUGCUGCCCAGGCCACCUCCAUGGCAGUGAUCAGGCCCAAGGCUCCUGAAAUCAAGAUCCGGCUGGGGAGUGUACAACAGCCAAGCUCAGACUUCAACAUUGCCAAGCUGCUCACGCCUAAACUGGCUAGUGGCAGCAACUCAAACCUCUUUAAGACCAUUGAGGACAACAGCAGGACCCAGCAGAAACUCUUCCGUGGUGGAGACAAUCUGGAAAAAGUACCCCAGUUCCAGGUAAGAGAUGUUAGAGACAAAUCCAAGGCCCAAGGACCUCUCCACCAGGUGAGAGAUGUCAGGAAACUGAUCAAAGGGUCAGGGGACAGCAGUGACAAGGGCAGCGUCACCCCGGAGCAGGGGUUGACUGGGUCCAAGCCCAGGCAGCUGGCUGCAGCCGCUGGAGGAUCUAGGUCCCUGUCCCCUAUGGUGAUUACGUGCCAGGCGGUUGUAAAUCCAAGAGAAGACGGUGUGGACCGAGAGGCCAGGGAAGGUGUGGGCAAAGCGGGCAGUGGCAGUAGGGUCUUGAACUCCUCCCCAGAAGGGACUGUCUUGGUUCACAGGGCAUCUGGCAGGCUGCCCGUGGCCACCAUUGCCCCCAAUAAAUCCGAGCAGGGCUCUUACCUGCCUGUGCUCAAGAUUGUCUCCAAGGCUCAGAGGACCCCAGAGAAAACCAAAGAGGAAGACAUCAAGGAGGAAGGGAAGGCACCGAAGCCAGCUCGAAAUGCCUUGGAGAAGCUAACAGCAGCAGUCAGGUCCAUGGAAGAGCUGUAUAGCUUCAACCGGAAUGAAUGGAAACGCAAAAGUGACCCUUUGCCCAUGAUGGCUGACAGCCACGUCCUGUCCCUCAUUGCCAGCGAGGAGAGGGAAGGGGUUGCCGGAUCUGAAGGAGACCCUGACAAGCUGACCAAGCAGUUGGGGCAGAUGGAAGAACGAGACACGGGACACAGAGGUGGUGUGGUCCUGAGAGGGGGCCCCAUAGAACGUCUGCAGAGAAGAAACUCUAACCCCAGCACGGAGAGCGUGUCUGCGCGGGCAGCUGCCUUUGAGAACAUGGCCAGAGAAAGGCCUAGGUCUCUCUAUAUUCCCCCAGUCCACAAGGACGUGGAAAGAACUCAACCUUUGCAGCCCCUCCCCCCACUCCCCAGCAACAGGAACGUGUUCACGGUGAGUGCUAGCAGCGCUCAAAAAACCGGGGGUGUCGCGGGCAAAUUCCCACAGGGGCCUUCUCCGGAGAGCCUUUCAACAGGCAAGGGCAUCAAAUCCCAGGGACUCAGAUCCCUCAAGAUCUCCCCAGCCACCCGAGCACCUCCCGAUGAGGUCACCAACAGGAAAGCUGCAAACAGUUCGGAGAAGAGCAAUAACGCCUGUGAGAAUUACCUGACCAUCCCCCUUAAAGGAAGCUCUGCUUCAGGAGAGCUGCUCGACAGGCCUGGGGCUUCCAGAGAUGGGCCUCCCAGCUCCUCAGCAGCCACUCUUUGCAGCUUACCUCCGCUGAGUGCCCGCAGUCAGGUCCCCAGUAACUCCAAAGGCUCUCAUGUCAGCGGAGCCAGUAAGCCAGCUUGGCGUACCAAACCUGACAACCACCGAGAAACAGUGGCUGCCCCGACAGGGCCGCAAAGCCCGGAGCAUACGCCCACGGCCACAGCGGUCUACCACCAGCAGGCUUUGCCCUUCACUCUGCAGGGGGCCCAGCCACAGGUCCUCUGUUUCUCGCCACCCGGGAUGGCAGCCCCAGCCCCUGCAGGCCCAGCCACAGUUCCCACAGACCCCUUUCAGCAGCAACCACCCCAGCAGACCCAGCGCAAGAUGCUCCUUGAUGUAACCACUGGGCAGUAUUAUCUGGUGGACACACCCGUUCAACCCAUGACCCGGAGGUUGUUUGACCCUGAGACAGGUCAAUAUGUGGACGUGCCCAUGACCUCCCAGCAACAACCUGUGGCACCCAUGUCCCUUCCUGUACCUCCUCUGGCCCUGAGUCCUGGUGCUUACGGGCCCACCUAUAUGAUCUAUCCCGGAUUUCUGCCCACAGUGCUGCCCCCCAAUGCCCUGCAGCCCACACCCAUCGCUCACACUGCAGGAGGCGGUGAACUCUCCGUGGCAGCAGAGACCCCCAGCAAAGAGACAGCUGCCACGUUUACCGAAGCCCCAUACUUCAUGGCCUCUGGUCAGUCCCCUGCCUCCUCUUCCUCCUCUGCCCCGGCAGCCACACCCCAGCUUGUGGGGGCCAAGGGCUUCGCCCAGCUCCACGGCAAACCUGUCAUCAGCAUCGCCUCACAGCCCUUGGGGCCACGGAUCAUCGCUCCACCUUCCUUUGACGGCACCACCAUGAGCUUUGUGGUGGAACACAGAUGACAAGAGACCCAGGACGGCAGAACGGAACAGCUCCUGGAGCCAGGCAGAAAUGCGGACUGUUCUUUAAUCUGAAAUUUGCAUCGUAACACAACCAGUUCAUCUGAAAACCCACCAGUUGUGUUAUGAACUUUUAUUUCUUAGGACCCGUGUGCAAGUUUGUAUAUUUUCCUGAGCAGCUCCCUUUUGAGGUAGCUUUCGUUAUUUCGGUUUCACUAAGAUGACUGAAUGGUUGUGUUUCUCCCCAUAAAAUACUUCUUUUUAUACUUUAAUACAGGAUGUAUGCUUUCUUAUCCCUGCCUUCCCUCCUGCAUGUGUGACCAGGCAAACAGUACAAUGAGUAUUUGAAUGGUUCAUUCAAAGCAGGCUGUAGAAUCUGAUUGGUUCUAUUGCAAACCAAAUCAGCAAAUUAAUAAUAGGAUCACAAAUGCCCUUGGAGUUCCUUGGACUAUAUUAGCGGCUCUCAAGAAUCCGACCUUCGUUGUAAGUGUGCAGCACACACACCUGCCCCUUUCGUGAUUUCUUUCAUAGAUUCCUUCCUGCCUCUUAUCAUUUGCCGCCUGACGUUCUGGAGAAGGACUUUGCUUCAGUGGUUCUGGUGCCCUCCAGCCCUCGCCAUCCCAAAGAAGAAAUCUAUAGUCAUGGUGCUUGCUUCUUGCUUCAGGUUUUUAACAGAUAUUAAGAUUCCAACCCCCUGGGAUGUUUUACUGACCAGGUGUAACCCAAUUCUGACUGAGCAGACACAGCUUGUCCUAAUUGAUGUCUCAAUUAAAUGAUGCACUGAAGAAUUUCUUGAUUACUUUCUAAUCAGCUAGAUUAGAAACCCUUUAAAGCCCACGCAUUUUCUCAAGACUUUCAUAAGGAAUCUCUCAGCUACUCAUUUGUUUAAAGAUAAAGCAUUCUGAUCAAGUCUUUAAAUUAUCAUUUUGAUUUUGAUGACCUAUAUUUGGUUUCUACUUAAGAGUGUUGCUUGACAUGAAGAAUUUUAUGCUGCCGUAUAAUACUGAAUUUUCUAAGGUUUUCACAAUUUUACUACUUUGUAAUUACGCUUUUGUUUUUUAAUCCAGACUCAAAACCAAACAGAUUCAAUGUACUUCGAGGGUCACCCUUAAAGGAGAAAAAAAAAAACAAAUUCUAAAAAUUCAGUUCUUUUAGAUAAAGAGCAAGAUUUGAGGCAAGAGCAGUGGCUUUGACCCCUCAGUCACUGGCCAACAGCUGUGAAAUAAAGCUUCAUCUCUGAGACAUGUGCUGUGAAGCAUGAUCUCUGGAAUGGAAGAAGCCUUUGGGCCAUGUUUAGGAAAGCAUGAUUUCUUCCUCAUAGGAGAUUCACCUCAGAACUUUAGCAUUUUUUUUUUCAGGCCAGCUGGCUACCUAUCAGGUCACUUAAGAUUGGAACAAGAGACUAGAACCCAUUUCUUUCAAAGAUCUCAACCUGCAAGCCCUAAAGCAGCAGUGUGAAAUCUCAAGGAUUUGAGUGGAAAACAUGGAAUAUAUGGGCAUAUUGCAUGGAUAGAACCCACACCAGGAAGGAUUCUUAUGUCCCAGGAGACUUUCAGGAAAGCCCAUUAUUGGGUUUGCAUGCUAGCUCCCCACAAAGAGACACCCCUUCUCCUCAAGCAAACAUGUCAGUACAGAGGUUGGAAGCCCAUGGGCUACUAUCAGUAUUCAUUAUCACCAGCAGAUCUGGCCUUCCAUUCUCACAUGGUAGGAGAGAAACUGAGGCAGGGAAAUUUUUAUUAGUUGCUUCUAUGUAAAAGGCUGAGCCCUCCCACAAGUUUCCAAGGAUGUGAUGUGCCCAAGUGGUUAAAAUACAAUUAUAGCCCCACGUUGAUUGAUGCCUUUUAUACCAGCUAUUGGCCAUUCACAGCUGCAGCAUCAUCUGCUGGACCACUUCCUACCUCGAGUGAUGGAGAAGAAAGCAUCUCAUAGGCAUACAUCCUAAUCUCUGUUCCCUUUGUUCUGUCAUUUCUGGAGCUGGUAUGGACAUUUGAAUAACAUGGCUGUUCCUUCUUCUUUUAACCACUGUGGGAGGAACCAAGAAUCUAGAAAGCCUUUUACCUCUAAGAAGCGGUAACUCCCAACAAGGUCUCUUGACUACUGAACCACCCGUCAUGUUUUAUAUCAUAAAACCCCUAAUUAAAAAAAGGUACCCUGGAUGGAGCUCUGUGCUUGAAUCUGACAGAACGUGGCCUGGCCUUUGUAAUUUUUUCUCAGGUCAUGUGUGAGGCUCAGUUUCCAGAAUGAUCGUGAGGAACUUCGUGAAGGAAUUUCAACCCAUGGAUCCUUUCCCUUAUUGGUAUGGGGUCAACUUGACAUAGGCCUUGUUUGACCUGUUUCCUGAAAACUAAGCACAAAUGUAGCCAGUAUAAAAGUUCAGUUGACCAGGAUAUAUUUCUUUGGACACUUAUUGAAAUUGCCCCCAUGGGUAAAUGAAGCCCAGGAUAAAGCAUCACUGCAAAUAGGACCAUCUCUGAGUAAUUAAGCUAAAAAUGAAUUUUACUUGAACAACUUUGUGAUAUGUUUCAAAAGUUAGCAUGCAUUUCAAAUCCAUCUUAUAUGACCAGAAAAUGUCUCAUGACACAAAAACCUUUUUCUUUACUCAGAUUUGACCUUUUCACUCUUGCUUCUUAAAAAGAUUGGAUGUGUUCCGAUUCUCUUCUUCCACUGUAGAAACAAAAGCCUGUAUUUGCUACAAACCAAAUGAUCUUAGUCCCUGAACUCUAUCUACCUUGGCCUGAAGGACAGAAUUGAUUCCUAAGUAGAUGGCUAUGCUUUCACAAUAAAUGUGUGCAGUGUUGGUGUCUAAGCAGAUGACUCUUAUCUCAUAAUAAGUGUGUAUAUGUGCACAGAAAACACAUUCAAUGAUACUCUUUAUAUUUAAGACUAUCAUGGUAUACAUUUUCUUAUGUGGUGCUUGAGGAGUUUCUUUCUGCAGUUUACAAGGUGUAAUAUUUGCACCCCAAAAUCUCAGGGUAUGCUAUUUUACCCAGAUACUUGAAAGAAAAAGGUGCCCUGUAUUUUAUCAGUACUGUUGAUGGGGGAAAACUAUGUGUAAGUUUGUAUGAGAAAACUGCUCAUAAAAAUCAAAUCAAUAAGCUGUUAGGCUUUUACAUAAUUUCUAAGGAGAUGUAUACAUCAGUAAUAUAGUCAAGAGAUUGCUUAUAUAGUCUUUAGUUUCUGGUUCUGAGGUCGGCCUCAUGGGUACAUAAAAUCACUGAGCAGCAUGCAGCCUUUGCUCAGGAGUGCCUUGAACUUGAGUCUGAUCUGAAUCACACUCCAUCUGUGACGAGUGUGAAGCCAAGACCCAGAAGACUCCUGUGUCUGUUAUUGGAUUUAUUGCUAUUUAAUUCAAAAUGGUGCAGAAUAGAAUACACACGACUAAGUUAGUGUUUCUUCGGGUUGCUGAAUUGCUGUUUUCAAGCUAGUGUGGUGGCCUCAAGUCCUUUCCUGGAUUUCCUGAGUUACCUACUAGCCUGGAUCUGUUUCCUGGCAGACAGCCUCUUCCCACCCCAACACCUCAUCUGGAUGUGUGUUUGUGUAUUUACAUAUAAAUUAUAUUCUUGCAUAGCGAUGACAGUGGAGUUGGACGAGAAAGUGAGGACCGUGGAAGUCAUGUAUGAUAGAAGAGUGUAUAUUGUGUAAUACAUAGAGAAGGAUUGUUGGAGAACGGUAACCUAUGCCCUCGACUGUGAAUGAUGGUAUGUGGAAAGAAGGUCAAAAUUGAAAAUUCACCAGUGGAGUCAUCUUGGUGGAGGAGUUCCUAGCUGAGGUUUGAUGAGAUUCGAUGGCACAGUGCUGUGAGCGCGGCUGAGGGAACUUUGAGUCCAGCCAACAGCUCCAGGAUUUGCCUUUCAAGUGCUCUUGCCCAUGCAGAAGGACCACUGCGAGAGGUCUCGGCGUGAAAGCCGACUUACCUGUAGCUGCCAGCAUUUGUAAACGACGACGGUGCAAUCUUGUGGAUUGGUUUUCUAUAUUGACAGUUUUGAAAAAAAUG